AUUUAACAAUACAAUCUUUAGUUACAUUUUUCACGUAAAAAUGAUAGAAAAUAUGUCAGGUAAUGCAGGUCAUUGUCUUACAUUGAAAACAUUUCACAAGCCAACAUACUGUCAGCAUUGUUCAGAUUUAUUAUGGGGUAUCACAAAUCAAGGUUUACAAUGUUUAAAAUGCAAGUUUGUAACUCAUGAAAAAUGUCAAUCAGCAUUAGUUGCUCCAUGCAAUGCAACAAUUUCAUCACCUAUCCAGAUUCCUCAAGCACAUAGUCUAAAACUUUGCAACAGUUCUAAAAAAAAGUUUUGUGCAUCAUGUCGUCUUCGACUUGAGAAUCCUUGUUUUGAAUGUGAAGAUUGUGCAUACUGCAUACAUAGUCACUGUCGAAAGAGUAUCAAACAUAAUUGCAAAAUAAAAUCAUCAUUUACUUCUAUAAUCUCAAAGAAAUCUAUUAGACAAAAUCAUCAUUGGAUUGAAGAACAUCUAUCAGUUGACUUAACAUGUGAAGUUUGUGAGAAACAUUUCAGCAAUAUGGAUUCUUUUAAUGGAUUACGCUGCUCAUGGUGUCUUAACACUGUACAUUCACAUUGUAUUCAAAACAACCAAGCAUUGAGUCAAAACAACCAAGCAUGUGAUUUUGGCCCGCUUCAUAAAUUGGUUUUACCUCCUUAUUCUGUCAAACAAUUUUGUUCUGAUUGUUUGUUUUAUAAACCAGCCAAAAAUAUGGAUUGUGCUUGUUUUAUAUUUGAGAGCGAUAUGAGUAACAUGAUUAAUUGGAAGUCUGUUUCGUUUACAAAAGAUUCAAAAGUAGCAGAUGUUCUUAUUUCUGCAAUAAAAUCUUUUGAAAAAACAGAAGACAGUUCAAGUUUUUAUCUUACUGGAAUCAAUAUGCGUGAUUGUGAAAUAGACUUGCACGAAGAUGAAAUAUUCUCUAAUAUAUAUCCCGCUUCCUAUCAACAAAUAUUUUUGAGGCAUAAAUGGAUAAACAGUGUAUCCAAAAUAAAAGUGUAUGCUGGAAAUGUCAAUUCAUGGAUUUCCAGUGCAGAUGUGAUAAUAAAACCACAAUCGACCAUCAAUGAUUUGAUUGAAAAUACAUUAAAGCAGCUUUAUCUUAAGGACAAAAAGCCUGAAGAUUUUUCAGUAAUUAAAAUGAAGUUAAAACCAGAUUUGGUACAGAAUUAUUUUCAAUACAAUGAACGAAGUUAUGAUUUUGAUGAUCAGGACACUAAGUUUUUCCUUCAACCUAAAAAAGAACCCAUGUCAGAAUAUUCUCUUUUUAUUGGUAAUUUACCAACAGAUUUAUCACGCAAUAAAUAUCAACUACUUCUUUCUGAUCAGUUAGGUGGAUGGGAAAAAGAUUUGUGCAUAAAAGCUAUAUUCUCUGCUAGCGGUGCGCUUGUGAUGUCCUUUAAUUCUCUAGAAACAUUUCAAAAGUUAUCUUCAAAGAUUAAAAAUAUAACAAUUAGUGGCAGACAUUUGUUUUCAUUAUUUUUACCUGAGAUAGUGGAUGAAUGUUUGAGUCCAAAUGCAACUCCAUUGCUUGUGCUUGUUAAUUCAAAAAGUGGUGGAGGUCAAGGAGAAAAGUUGCUUACUAACUUUAAGCAACUUCUUAACCCAUAUCAAGUAGUUGACUUAUUGCAAGGAGGUCCUUUGCCUGCCUUGUAUAUGUUUCGAAAUCUUCGAGAGUUUCGAAUUCUAAUAUGUGGAGGAGAUGGUACAUUUGGAUGGGUUUUGUCUUGUUUAGAUGAGAUUUCUUCUAAUACUUUAAAAUGCAAGCAACCAGCAUCUGCGCUUCUUCCUCUUGGAACUGGUAAUGACCUUGCACGAGUGCUUAACUGGGGCGCUGGAUAUGCAGGUGAACCUCCUCUUAGUAUUCUGCAGUUGGUUGAAAAUGCUGAACCAAUAUUGUUUGACAGGUGGAGUAUUAUGUUUGACAAUCCUAGUGGUGUUCCUAUUUUAAGUAAAGAUCCUGUCAAGUAUGUUCCUAUGAACAACUAUUUCAGCAUUGGUAUUGAUGCAGAGGUGUGUUUAGAGUUUCAUGAGGCUCGGGAAGAACAUCCAGAAAAGUUUAGCAGCAGGAUACACAAUAAGGGAGUCUAUUUUAAAGCUGGAAUUCGUAAACUUGCAAAAAAUAGCAUGACAGAUUUACAGAAUAAAUUGGUUUUAAAGGUAAAUGGUAAAGAUUGUAAACUUCCCGCCAUACAAGGAUUAGCAAUUGUUAAUAUAAAUAGUUGGGGUGGAGGUUCAGAUCCUUGGGGCAAAGAUGUAGAUGAGAAAUUCAAGGUUCCGUCAUAUUCUGAUAGUAUUCUGGAGGUAGUUGGAUUUACAGGUGUUUACCAUUUAGGGAAAAUUAAAAGUGGAUUUUCUACAGGGAUUCGAAUCGCUCAGGGAACUCAAAUUGAUUUAGAGUUAAAAGCUGAUCUUCCUGUACAAGUUGAUGGAGAGCCCUGGUUGCAACAAAAGACUAGCAUACUUAUAAGACCUUUGUUAAAUCAAGUUAAAAUGCUGUUAAAGUGUAAUGAAGUCCGGCGUCGAGCAUAUACGUCAUUUACAUCUCCGAAAAAAGUUGAUUUAAAAGUCCAAUCAAGUUCUUGUUACUGAUUUAUAACUGAUUUAAAACUUCAAUUGGAAGGCUCUGCUCCUUUAGACUUCAAAUUUCUUAAAAAUACUUUGCACAAGAGAAACAGGUUUCCUUAGCAAUAUAGCAAAUAACUUAAAUACUUAGCGAUUUAAAAAAAUAAUUUCUUUCGAUAUUUACCGUUUUAAACUUUUUUUAUACGUUGUUGUUUUUUUUUUAAUUAUUUUUUAUUUUUAUUUAUUUUAUUAUUUAUUGGAAUUUAUUCUAUGAGACAGUUGUAAAUUUAUAACUAUUUCAAGUUUUCAUUAUUUGUAUUUAAGGUUACGAGUAUUAAAGUUUUAUAAGUAUUAUAACAUUUUGUUUAGUUAUUUCAUAGGAAUUUUAUAGUUGCAUAUUUUUUUGUAUUUUACUUUUUUUUUCUCACUAGAUAUAAAUUUGAAUGUUAUAAAAACAAAUGUUAAAGUAAAGAUAUGUAUAAAGCAUAAUAUUUAACUGGAAUAAUAAUAUAUUUGUUGUUAUUGUAUACGAUUAAAUGUGGUUAUAGGUAGAAUUCUGAUAAAAAAUAUUUGAUCAAAGCAUUUUUCCCCAAAUCACUUUUCUCUAUAUUUUCUAUAUAUUAUUCUUACUUUUCUCUCUCUACAUAAAUAUUUAUUUUUGUAUAAAUAUUUUGCAAAUAGUAUAGUUUCCCAUGAAUGUUGGGCCAUAUUUAUAAAUAAUAAGUAUUGAACAAGUAAUGUAUCUGUAAUUAUUUUGAAUGUAUUUUUUUUUCUGAGUGUUUAGUAAAUUUUCUUUUAUAGAUA